GGUAACGCGAGGGACACCCGGCCCUGCUGGUGUGCCGCCUGCGGUUUGGGUGGUGCGGCUGCCUCAGCGCGCUCUCUACGCGGAUCCGAGAAAAUGCCGAGCGCUCCAACAAAGACACAGAGAAGGGACCACGGUGUGCGAACCGGGAGGGUGCCUGGCGGCGCAGGCCAAGGCUGGGGCACUAUAGACCCGUCUUGAGAUUGAGCCAGGCGUACCGUCAGGCAUCACUUCCUCCGAGAGGCCUGCCCCUUAGGCUGGGCGGGCGCCCAGAGUUGCCUCUGUCCUGGCACGGUUCACUGCGUUUCCGAACUUCCCAGUGACGCACCUGCAGGCCCCGCUGCACCUUGGGCCUGGGAGUGCUCUCCCGGUUCCCAGCGUGCGGCCCUAAAGACGUUCUUCAAAUGUUUGUCCAAUGGAUAAAGAACCGUGACCUCGAUUUUGACGGGAGGUGGGGACAGGGAAAGACACGGGGUGGGGUUGAGAGUGUCCUUAAGAUGAGUGCCACAGUCAGGUGUGCAUUUCAGAAGGCCGGCCUUUGCCGAGUAGGGAGGAGGGCCCACAGAGACCCUCAGACCAGGGACAAUAGGGGAAUGAAGGCGGACCCAGGAAAUCGAUCCCCGAAAGCAAGGAGGAGUUUUUGGAAUGAAGGGCCGUCAGACUUCCCUGCCUUUACUCGGGCGGUUCCUUUCACUCUGAACGAAGGUCGUUUUUAUUUAUCUGUCUAUGGGAAUCCUGAUCGUGCACCUCGUCAAGGAAGCUCUCCUGGUUUCUCCAAUCACAGAUUAUUGCUCCCUCUCUCUCCCCCUCGGAACACACUUGUCGGGCCUGUGACUAUAAGGACAGUGAACGCAGGUUUGUGGAGAGGGUUCUUGGUAUUGCGGAGGGGCUGCAGAAGCCUCAAGGUCCCUGCGGAGGAGGCCCAAGAGGACAGAGGGGAAGCGGCUGUGCUAGCCCCUACCUGCCCCUGGCCUUUACCCGUUCUGUCCUGCUUUCCUGCCAAACCCGUCUUUCCCCGCCUACUCCCUUCCCAGUACAAAGUCCAGGCCUGGGCGAGACACUCAAUCGUCGACGGCUGGAUGCGUCCCUGCGCAGCCUCCUGGUGAAAAGCAGCAUGUCCGUCGGUAGUGCAAAAAAGACCUGUGAGCCCACGAUGCAGCUGGACCGACUUCGCAAGCGGCUGAGAGCCGUGGCCUUCGGGGUCCUGCUUCUCCUUGUCCCGGGCCAGGGCCAGGACUCUGCCAGCCCCGUGCGGACCACGCACACGGGCCAGGUGCGGGGGAGCCUCGUCCAUGUGAAGAACACUGAUGUGGGGAUCCACACCUUCUUGGGAAUUCCCUUCGCCAAGCCACCUCUAGGGCUGUUGCGGUUUGCGCCCCCGGAGCCCCCGGAAUCUUGGAGUGGUAUAAAGGAUGGGACCUCCCACCCAGCCAAGUGUCUGCAGGACUUCGCUAGCGUGAAAAGAAUGACUCUGAAACUACUGAAUGUGACCCUGCCUUCUACCUCCAUGUCUGAAGACUGCCUGUACCUCAACAUCUACACACCUGCGCAUUCCCAUGAGGGCUCUAAGCUGCCUGUGAUGGUGUGGAUCCACGGUGGUGGCUUUGUCAUGGGCAUGGCUUCCACGUAUGACGGCUCUGCUCUGGCGGCCUUCGAGGACGUGGUGGUGGUCGUUAUCCAGUACCGCCUGGGUUUGCUGGGCUUCUUCAGCACUGGAGACAAACACGCAACUGGCAACUGGGGCUACCUGGAUCAAGUGGCCGCACUACGCUGGGUCCAGCAGAAUAUCAUCUACUUUGGAGGCGACCCUGACCAUGUCACCAUUUUUGGCGCGUCUGCGGGUGGCAUGAGCGUGUCUUUGCAUGUUGUGUCCCCCAUGUCCAAAGGACUCUUCCACUGUGCCAUCAUGGAGAGUGGCGUGGCCCUGGUGCCCGGCUUCACCGCCAACUCAUCUGAUGUGGUCUCCACAGUGGUGGCCAACCUGUCUGCCUGUGGCCAGGUUGACUCAGAGGCCCUGGUGGACUGCCUGCGGCACAAGAGUGAAGAGGAGAUUCUGGCCAUCAACAAGCCCUUCAGCAUCAUCCCUGGCCUGGUGGACGGGAUCUUCCUGCCCAAGCACCCCCAGGAGCUGCUGGCCUCUGCCGACUUGCACCCUGUCCCCAGCAUCAUUGGUGUAAACAGCGAUGAGUACAGUUGGAUCCUCCCCUCGUUCAUGAACAAUUCUGACGCCCAGAAGGAAAUGGACAGAGAGACCAUAAAGGAUGACUUGCAGAAAAUAUCAAAAAUGAUGAUGAUGCCGCCUGAGUUUGGUGACCUGUUGAUGGAGGAGUACAUAGGGGACAGUGAGGACCCCCAGACCCUCCGAAUCCAGUUCCAUGAGAUCCUGGGGGACUGCAUCUUCGUGAUCCCUGCACUCCAAGUAGCAAAGUUGCAGUGUUCCUCUGCCCCUGUCUACUUCUACGAGUUCCAGCAUCAGCCGAGCUUCUUCAGGGAUUUCAGGCCGAGCUAUGUGAGGGCAGACCAUGGAGAUGAGGUUCACUUCAUCUUCAGAAGUCUUUUCGGGAGCAGCCACAUCCAACUCACUGAGGAGGAGGAGCUGCUGAGCAGGAAGAUGAUGAAGUAUUGGGCCAACUUUGCUCGAAAUGGGAACCCCAACAGCGAGGGUCUGCCCCACUGGCCUGUGUUCAACCAGGAGGAGCAGUACAUGCAGCUGAACACGCAGCCUGCAGUGGGCCGAGCCCUGAAGGCCCACAGGCUGCAGUUCUGGACGAAGAUCCUACCCCAGAAGAUACGGGAGCUAAUGGAGGCCAAGGAGAAGCACACAGAACUUCUCCCUCUUUCUCAUGAGGCCCUGAAUGUACCUGUGUGUCAAGGUUAUGGGAGAGGGAACAGCCCCACCAGGGAGGCUUCCAAAGAGGAUUCAGGAAGCUGCACUGGUUAUUUCUGGCAGAAGUUUGAUCCUCAGGCUCUCCAACUCGAGGUGCCAGCGGGAACCCCAGGAGAGGAUCUGGCACCUAGUCCAGGCAUGACCCUCACCCUGUCCCUCAUUGAAUCAGCACAUCCAACUUUUGGAAUCAGCAAAUAUUUGCCAGCGCCUCAUACUCUCCACCCAUCCCCUCACCUCCCACUCCCGGCCAGCCGUGUUCCUGACACUGAGGCCCAGAGGGUUGCUGUAUUAUUUUGCCAGAGUUGCCAUAACAAAGGACCACAGUCUGGGUGACUUAAACAAGAGAAGUUAAUUGUCUCACAAUCCUAGAGGCUACAAGUCUGAAAUCAAGGUGUUAGCAGGGUUGGUUCCUUCUGAGUGCUGUGUGAGAGAAUCCAUGCCUCUUUCCUAGUUUCUGGUAGCCUCACACAUUCCUUGGCUUAUAGAUGGCAUUCUCCCUCUGGCUUCACAUUGUCUUCCCUCUGACCCGUCUGUCUCUGUGUCCAAAUUUCCCCCUUUUACAAGGACACCAGGCAUAUUAGACUAGGGCCCACCUCUGUAAUCAUCUUAAUUUGACUAACGGCCUUAUCUUUAAAUAAGGUCACAUUCUGAGGUACUGGGGGUUAUGACUCCACAUAUAUUUUACGUGGAGACACAUAUCAAUCCAUAAUAAUUGUUUGGCUAUUCUGGGUCCCUUGCAUUUCCAAGUGAAUUAUGAUCGGCUUGUUCAUUUCUGAAAAAAAAAAAAAAAGCAGCUGAGAUUCUCAUAGGGAUCACACUGAAUGUAUAGAUCAGUUUGGGAAGUAUUACCAUUUUAACAAUAUUAAGUCUUCUAACCCAUGAACAUGGAACAUCUUUCCAUUUAGUUAGGUCUUCUUUAAUUUCUCUCAAUUAUGUUUUCUAGUUUUUAAUGUACAGUCUUGAACUUCCCUUAUUAAAUUUAUUCCUAAGUAUUCUAUUCUUUUUGAUGCUAUUGUAAAUGGAAUGGUUUUCUUAAUAUCAUCUUCAGAUUGUUCAUUGCUAGUGUAUAGAAACACAAUUGUUUUUUGUUUUUUUUUGUUUGUUUUUUUUUGCGGUACGCAGGCAUCUCACUGUUGUGGCCUCUCCCGCUGUAGAGCACAGGCUCCGGACGCGCAGGCUCAGAGGCCAUGGCUCACGGGCCCAGCCGCUCCGCGGCAUGUGGGAGCUUCACGGACUGGGGCACGAACCCGUGUCCCCUGCAUCGGCAGGCGGACCCUCAACCACUGCGCCACCAGGGAAGCCCUAGACUGCCCCUUAAUGAGCACAUACUCUCUGCCAGGAACUGUGUUGUGCUGAGCACUGGGACAGGCAUUCAUCUCCUUUGAUCCUCAUUACAACCCUGUGAAGUAGGGACUUUCAUUAUCCUUAUUUUACAGAUGAGGAAACUGAGGCUCCAGGUCUCAUGAUGGGUAAAGGGCAGCGGCAGAGCUUGAGCCAGUUGUCUGAUCCCAGAGCUUCAGCUAUUAAGAUUGCAUUGUCAGAUGUGAAACCAGGUGGACCUGGGGUCAAAUCCCAACCCUAGCUGCUUGUCCACAGUUAUCCUAACCCCUCUGAGCCCAUUUCUUCACCUGUAAAUGGGGAUGAUACAUCCCACCCAUGUGAGCUGUUUAAGAAGGAUACUGGAUGCUGCAUUUGAAGAGUCUACCAAGGAGGUGGUAUCCAGGAGGUGCUCAAUCUAUGUUCAUUUCCCUUCUUUGAGACCCCCCAGAGCCCUCCUCAUUCACACAACCUCAUCACUGCUCUCUGGAGCCAUGGGGAGUGCCCAUGAUUUGUUCUCUCACUAACUUCCUGGUUAACUUCAACUGAGCACCUGCUCCAGGCCAGAAUGCUGUGCUUCACAUAGGCUGCCAAACAACCUUCCAGGGAGGAGCUACCUUUCAGAGAGGCUCAGCAACCUGUCUGAGGUCACACAGCCAAGCAGUGAUUGCAGAGCUAGCAUUUUACUCCAGAUCUGACCUUAUCCCUCCCAGACACCAUCUAGAACCCCCAAGGGCAGCAAGUGGCUAGCUCCUGGCACAUAAGCCCUGGGACAUGAGGCAGGCCAGGCAGGAGGGUGUGGAGCCUCUUGGGAGGGUCUGCUGUGGCUGUGGGACCUGAGCAGGCCUCUUGCCCCAGGAUGUGCCCGCUGAGGUGAUGCCACCAUUAUAGAUGAAUACCUACACAGCAGCUCAGAUGGACAAGCCAAAUGAGAAGCCUUCCAGGAAUUGAUAAGCAACGUUGUCAUGAACAUUGAAUUUUUCCAGAAACC